UGCCAUUUCAUUUUUAAAAAAUUUGCUGCCUAGCAACCAAAAAAGGAAGCUGCUCUUGCUCCGAAUGGAUUCCCGAGCGGCGAUUCAGAUCAUAGAGGCAGCCACCAAUACCCACCCACAUUAUCAUAUUGUGUUGCAGUUGAGGCGAAUGAUGCAACGCAACUGGGAGGUGCGGAUCGAGCAUAUUUACAGGGAGGGCAACAUAGUGGCGGAUUUCUUGGCCUCGACAGCCGAUAGAGCAUGCUUUACAGGUCGGGACUCAUCCGAUUCUGGUCCCCGACCAGCGGUUGCAGCAUUGACUUCUCUUUGAUCUUGUAGGGAGUCAAACUCCCAGACUCAUUUCCCAUUAGCUGUUAGGGCACUCUGUCGCCCGUUUUCUUACAACAACAACAACAACAACAAAAAAAAAAAAAAGAAGUUGCUUCAUAGCUCUCAUCCAGAUGCUUUCAACAACAACUCAACUUGGUAAAAGGGGUUUGCAAUAGGCGCGUAAUUCAAUCCGCGACCACUGAUCGAUAUCAAUCGCAUCAGAAUUUGUUGACUAAAACGUGACAAACUAGAACAAAGUUAUUUGAAUCAGUAACGUAUAACGCAGAUAAUCAUGUUGACGACAGGCUAGUUUCUUAACCGCAGUUGAAAAUCUUGGUAGCCAAACUGGAUCUAUUGUUUAUAAUCUUUUAGGAUUCUUAUGGGGUUAGGGUUGUGUUUCUGCAAGGUAUCUUACUGUGAGACAGAAUUAACAAAAGAAAACAAUAUGGGGCUGGCAUGCCAGGCAGCUCAUAUUUCUCUGUGAGAAUAUUUGAACAGGUCAGACUAAAUAAUUUUAAAAAAAUUCCUGAAAUGUAAAUGCCAAGCUGGAUUUGAUUCCCUAACGAAAUCAGAACUUGUAUGAUUUAUCGCCCCAUUAAUUAAUUUAUAGAAAUAAAAUGUAAGUCGCAACUGUAACGGGCAUAGUUUUAUUACAUACUAAUGGAAAAAUACACAGUUUGGGCCCUUCGUAUUUUCAUCGUUAAUCUUCUUCCAGUCAUGGGCUUAGUCUUGGGUUUUUGGACGAUAAGGAAUCACAUUACCCACUAGCACUGGGCCCGCCCCGUUGGGCGGAUAACUUGUGCAUACUCGUAUCAUUUCAUAAAUAUUGAAAUAUAAAUUCUAACCUGUACAUACUCGUAUCAUUUGAUAAAUGUUGAAAUAUAAAUCCAAUUGAAAAUGGUUAAUUUUUUUUUGUAACUUUUUGUAAUAAAAUGGUGAUUGUACAAAAUUUUAGCUCUGUAUUUAUUAAUACCUAUGAAAGUUUUAUCUAAAAAUGGUUGUAUGGAAGUGUUUAUGGGAGAAGCCGAAAUUAAAUUUUCCAUGCGGAUAGAGCCACUCAAUAUUUAUUAUGAAGAUGAAUUAAAAGAAUUUAUUUGUACUUUUACAAACAACAAUAAUAAGUAUCAUCCCUAAUGUAUUGAAAAAAUGUUAUAUGAUAUGAACGGAAAAAAAGUAAUAGGAAAAAAUACUUGGGCCACUAAUCCUACAGUCCGAUUGAUUUUCAGCCCGUAAAAGAAUGGGCCAAUACUUGAGCCACCAGAUUGAAUGACCAGGAAAGUGGGACCAAGGCCGAAGCGUGUACCGUCAUUCACGUACCAACAAUCGAUGUCACAAAUAAUAAUUAUAGUUCUAAAUCAUACAUAAAAUAUUUCAAACAUAAAAAAUAUUAAGAUUAUAUUAAUUAUUAUAAAGAGUAAAAAUUGUAUAAUAAGGUUAAUUAUAACUCAUUUAAUGACCUAUAAAUUGAUCAACACAUCAGAUCCAAAACUGACGAAAUGAACAUCACAUUAAACUCCAUAUUGUCUCAUUAUUGUUUGGACCAUUCAUGCCCGAUUAGCAAGAGUUCAAUUUUUAGCAGUUAACUAGGCUAAAAUUUUAGAGAACCAAUCACCUAUAGUUUGUACAAAAUAUUAUUGUUUCGGAUUAGUUCUGAAAAUUAAUAUUAACUUAAAGAAUUCUACAUCGUUUUUGCAUAUUCAAUACUGCAGUUUGAUAUGCAAUAUUUCAAACAAUGAAAUUUGUGUUGCAAUUUUAAGAUUACCCGUCAUUUUACAGGUUAUAAAAAUUAUAAAUCACGUAUUAAACUUUGCUUUUUAGAAAAUUUAAUAGGCUAGCUAACCGUGAAAAGUCCUCUGCUUUUCAAAUCUUCGCUUAGUGCAUGUUUACAAUUUAAGAAGAUAAAACAAAUUUGUUUAGUGUGAUAUAUUUUAUAGAAAGAGUUUCUUCAACCAAGUAGGAAAUGAAUUUUACCUGAAAUUAUUAUAUCUUAUAAGAAGUUAUUAAGUGUGAAAUCGGAACUCAAGUAAUAUUGAUUCUAACAUUAAAUAAUAAAUUGUAUGUGUAGUUCAGUUUAGAAAAAAUACAUAUGUGUAACCAAAACAUGGAUCUUUGUGACAAAUAUAGUAACUUUUUUGUCACAAAUCUACACAUAAUAUAAAGAUAAAUUGGGCACUAUGACGAUAAAGAGCUUCCUAGAAUCACUCUCAAUCCACGAAAUUUGAAAUGAGACACUCAGUUUCCAAUUUUUUCAUUAUAUUAUGUGUAGAUUUGUCAUAAAAAGUGAUUAUACUCGUUACAAAACUCCAUGUUUUGGUUACACUUCUGUAUUUUGUCUAAACUAAACAACACAUACAAUUUAAUAUUAAUGUUUGAAUCAACACUACUUGAGUUCCGAUUUCAAAACUAAUCUCUUUCAAUAAAAUAUAAAUAACUUAAGAUAAAAUAUAAAUAUAGAAGCAUCAUCACCAAACAUAUUGCUAGAGUUUAAUCAAAGAAAUAACAAUAAAUAAAAUGUAGUCUAGUUGGCUACAAUGUUUUUUCUUCAUUUAAGUUGCCAAUGUUAGAACUCCAAUGAUAACAUUUUUAAAAUAUAAACAUGAACUGGGUGCAAUGAAAAAAAUGACAUUUUUAGAAUCACUCUCAUGCCACGAAAUUCGAAAUGAGAGAAUUCCAACUCAUGUUUUGCCUUUAUGUAUUUUGUAGAAAAUUGAGUUGCUUCGUGGAAGGAAAUUCGAUUCAAGACCAAUUUGUUACUGAAAUCAUCAUUUUGCACCAGUCCAACAACAACAUUAAGGGUCAAUUAUGGAUCGUGUUAAAGGGCAACGCAACGUUCUUUAGGAACGGAUCAAACUGAACUGAAUCAAAUAUGGAUUGGAGCUAUUUGAAUCCAAUCAAUUGGGUGUAGAUUUUGUUAUUGGAAAUUCCUACAAUACCUUGAACUUAUUGUAACUUGAUGUUUUUGACCUGCUAUAACAGGUUUCACAAGUUGCAUUACGUAAAAUACAAUAGGCAUUACGUAAUGGUUACGUAACGUGUGUUUAUCUUACGUAAUAGUCGAAAAAUGUCAUUACGGAAACCUUACGUAAUAGACACUCAUUUUAGGUAAUGAAUAUUAACCUUUCGUUACGUAAUGUGUUAAAUCAUUACGGAAGACUUACGUAACGCUUCUAAUUUAACUGUUACGUAAGAAAUAACUACCGUUGCGUAACCUUUACGUAAUAGAUGCAUACUUUACGUAACAGUUGUAAACUAACAAGCAAUACGUAAUUGUUACGUAAUAAAUAUUAGUUUUACGUAAUGUGAGCUAUAAAACCUGCUAUAUCAAGUAAAAAAGGUCAAGUUAUAGUAACUUCAAUGCUUUUACGUAAUGAGUGUGUAUUUUAUGUAAUCUUUACGUAAUGAGUGUGUAUUUUAUGUAACCGUUGUAAAAUGUCAUUACGGAAGCCUUACGUAAUAGACAAUGCUUUUACGUAAUGAAUAUUUACCUAGAUUUACGUAAAAUGAUAAGGCGUUACAGAAACCUUCCGUAACGCUUCUAGUUUAACUGUUACGUAAAACUAACAAGCAAUACGUAAUUGUUACGUAAUAAAUAUUAGUUUUACGUAAUGUGAGCUAUAAAACCUGCUAUAUCAAGUAAAAAAGGUCAAGUUAUAGUAACUUCAAUCAGGGGCGGACCCAGGGGGUUUAGGGGUGUCCCCGGACACCCCUAAAUUUUGGGAAAACGAUUAUCCAACCCCCAGUGAUAAUUUACGUAUGGACAAAAAAAAAAUAUAAUUGAUAGUGAGGGACACCCCUUAAAUCUGAAAAAAUGAUUAUCCUACUUUCAUUUGUGUAUAGGAAUAUCAGUGGUAGUUUGGAUAAUUUAAAUCUAGAACACUAUUAUUAUUAAUAAACUUAAUUUCCGUUGAACUAAACUCAUUUGUUGUUCGAUUUUGAACAAUGUGUAAUAGUAAAAUGGCAUUCCCUGUCUCUAAUUAUCUUAAAAACCUAACAAUUAAACUAAUUUCAAACUACCCUUAAUUUGUAUUGAUUUUAUGAUUGUACGACAAGUGUUGAAAGAGUCUUUCAGCUUUGGGUUACAUCAAGAACAAGUUUACAAAUCGAAUAUGCGAUAAGUUCGUGAAUGAUUGUCUAGUAGUGUAUAUAGAGACAAUUUUUUUAAACACUAUAGACACCAAGUGUAUUCUACAAUUAUUUCCGAAUAUGAAAACACAUCAUGGACUUUUUUAACCUGUAUGAGCAAGAUAUUUUUCAUAUUUACAAUUUUAUUUUUAUUAAUUAUUUAUUUUUAUUUAAUUUAUUUUUUAAAAGAGGACACCCCUAUAAAAAAAUUCUGGAUCCGCCACUGACUUCAAUGCAUGGUAGGAGGUCGCUUUGUUAUUUAGCGUGUAUUGUGAUUGAUUAUUUUCUAACUUUUUUGAAAAUGGCCGGAGUUGUUGGGUAAUUAGAUGAAUGAGUUUGUUCUAGGUAUCGGUCCCAUAGAAUAAGUGAACGGCUAUUUGCCGCCAAUCAAAUUGCUAUUUGCCGCCAACUAAAAAAAAAAAAGGAAUUCAAAAUUUGAAUUUUCUCUUCCUUCCCAGUGCCUCCGUCGCCGGUAAAAAAAAAAAAAUUUUAAAUUUGAAUUUUCCCUUCCUUCCUAGUGCCUCCGUCGCCGGCACCAUUCUUCCGUCGUCGGCUAACCUCCCGUCGCCCUCAAUCGUCGGAAAACAAGUAAGUUUACUUUUUCCGGCCAGUUUUCCAGUUUUCCGGUAAGUUUUCUAGUUUUCCGGCGAAAGACACGGCGGGCCGAAAAAAAAUUGCGGCCCGAACGUCGCCGAGCCGAAAAAAAUUUGUGGCCGGGACGACGGCCGGCCGAAAAAUUCUUUCGGCCCGGCGACGCCACGGCCGCAAAUUUUUUUCGGCCGGUCGCCGAACACGCCGGCCAAAAAUUUUCCGGCGGCGUGCUCGUCGGCCGGCCGAAAAAAAUUUGCGGCUGGAGCGACGUCGGGCCGAAAGAAUUUUUUUCGGCCGGUCGCCGAACACGCCGGCCAAAAAUUUUCCGGCGGCGUGUUCGUCGGCCGGUCGAAAAAAAUUUGCGGCAGUGGCGUCGCCGGGCCGAAAGAAUUUUUCGGCCGGCCGUCGUCCCGGCCACAAAUUUUUUUCGGCUCGGCGACGUUCGGGCCGCAAUUUUUUUUCGGCCCGCCGUGUUUUUCGCCGGAAAACUGGAAAAUUGGCCGGAAAAAGUAAACUUACUUGUUUUCC